AUGUCUUUCCAAAUUCACAUCCCUACAAGUACAAUCGGACGCCUAUUUCCGUUGUUGAUCGUUUUGCAAAUGUACGUUGUGUUUGUGGAACCCUUUUAUCACGGAACACGUUUUGAAGAGCUUCGUCAACUCUUGGGACCUAAAUUUUUGUAUGGUUCCGUGUAUUUUCUGGUUAUCGUACAUAGCUUAGAGGCUUUCCUUGCCUUGAGAGCAUGCUUUGCGAAAAAAUUUAAUUGGGCAACAACGCUAGGUUGGUUCGUUUCGGUUUUUAUUUAUGGUGCACCAACACUGAUGAUACUGAAAUCCACUUCUGGAAAGAGCAAGAAUCAUGUUCAAUAG